AUGACACAGCCGAUACAAUAUCCUCCGCGUGCCUUCUCGCCUCAACAGCGCGCUGGGUCGCCCCAGAGCCCAUACCCUCCCGGCCAGCCACCGCCCAAGCGUCCACAGAUACCGUCAAAUGGACAGCCACAUUAUGGGUCACCAAGCAUGGCCAACAUUCAGCUGCCAAACCAAGUCUUCAGUGGACCUUAUCGGGGCAGUCCAGUCAACGGCACAUCUCCUGGUCCAAAUUACCCUGUUCAUCAGCCAUUCACCCCCAACAGCUUCAACCCCCACCUUACAUACAACAGCCUCAACACGCCAGCUCCUCCUCCUGCCAACUCCCUUUCUGCAACUUCAAACAAUGUUCAACGAAACGCCAUGGGGCCACCAUCUCGGCCGGAUAAUAGACCUGCUGAUCUAAACGAGCUUGGGGAUGUCUUAUUCGGCGCAGGCGUUGAUCUCAAGGAAGAAGAGGCUGCACUGCUUCAAACAAGGGACAAUAAUCAGAAUUCAAGCUUUGAGGACCAACUACGGGAAGCUAGUGGAGCAAGUUCCAACGCUCAAUAUCCCUUCGCUCGAGGCAAUUUCUAUUCGCAGAACUACCCUGGCGGUCGUGACAGCUUCUUUGGAGGAGGAAUCUUGAACCAGCCGGCCCAGAAGGAGCAGACUGCCGAUGAACGCGCUGAAGCAGAGCGAAAACAAGCAUUGCGCAAGCAGGCUGAGAUAAGACAGUAUCAUUUGAACAGACCCUUUCUGUUGACGGGAAAUCUGCAACGGAGGGUCUACAAGGAAGCUGGCAAUGUUCAAGUUCAAGUGCCAAUCAAAGACCACGAUAUCUUGAGACCAACCCAGCCCAAAAUUGCGCCGCAGUCGAUCACUGUUCGUGGGCCUGACGGUCACGACGUCGUCAAAGUUGUGCAAGGCGAACCUCUACUUGGCUUGAAGAACUCCUUGGCGGACAUUCUCACUCUAAUGUCCCUUGCUACGGAAGAACGUCUCAGGACAAUAGUCGAAGACUCAGCGACUCUUGCAAAGGGAAGGCGAAUAGGAGCCCAUGGAUUGGUGCCACAAGACAUGCUGGAUCUAGCGAAGAAAACGAAUGGUGACGCAGCAGCUACUCUACCAACGCCUGAGAAUAGUGUUGUGUCACCCAAAGAAAAUACUUUGAAGCGUUCUUACUCCGAAAUGAACACCCCUCAAACGCCGGUCGCCAGUCAUGGCAUGAAGGGACCCCAGAACGCAGUUGCACAAGCUCUUCAGAGACUGGCCCGAGCCGAGCGAACAGCAGAAGAAGCACGACUGGUCAAACGAAAGAAGAGGGCCGAGGCUGCUGAUGGAAGCCCGGCAGGGUCAGGGUCAUUAGGAGCGUCUGAGCCUGGGACACCCGCAACAUUACCAGACGCGCCUAUAGAGAUGCCAAAAAAGUCUGCGCUCAAAAAUCAGAAAAAGGCUCCAACAGAGCAGCAAGCUUUCGCUGCCUCGAACAACACGAUGAGGAUGGCCCUCGGCCUGGGUAGCGCGAUGGGAAAGAAGCUGGCUUGGAUGCAGAAAGAUACUGGACCUUCAAACCCGUACUUGCAGAAACCCAAAGUGGACACCAAAAAGUCAGACGCUGCAAAUGCGCUGGGUAGCAACUUGCCAAAGAGUAGAAACUUCGGAAACUUCAGAGAAGAUGGAGAAGGUGGGGCGGGCAUACAGGUACGAGACGUCAUAUCGGUGUUGGAGCAUGACGGAAAAGAGAAGAAAGCCCUCCAGAGAGCUUAUGCGAAGCUGGAGUCCAAGGGUUGA